AUGCUCAAGACAUCUUACGAGGUUCUCAAACACGAGAAAACCCGUAAACUGUUUGAUGAUUCCCUUGUUAUUAGAAUCCACCAGAACGUUGUUCGUGACUACGAAAUAGAGAGAUUCUCAAGGAGGUUUAAGGAUGAAGUAGCGAGGAUCAGUGCACAAGAAGCAAAGAAGAGACGUGCAAACCAAGCAAAGAAGAUUGUUGUACCUCUUCAGCGAGCCGAACAAACCGAUUUUAUACCGAAGAGCAACUUAGAUGAUCAAGCUUUUGAAGAUCAGGUUAUGCAAAGAGUGCUAAAGGCGGCUAAGAAACAGAAAAUAAUGAUGGAGAUCUAG